AUUCCAGCCUGGCCAGAGCAAGCUCUCCGGCCAGAUCUACUGGGCCCAACUUGCACCUGCACAUACACCUCCUUGAUUGCCCUCUCCCUACCUUGAGCUUUCCCUUUCUGAAGCCAUCAUGUCUGUGACCAAGAGUGCCGGGAGUCCGCAGGUAGCCACCACUCUCAAUCUGGACCUUCCUGAGAGUGCCAAGAAGGUGCAGAGCCAGGAUCCCAGUCCAGCAAAUGGGAGCUCUUCAGAGUCAUCAAAGAAGACCAAGGGCAUAACCGGGUUCCAGACAUUGGUUCAUCUGGUCAAAGGCAACAUGGGCACAGGGAUCCUGGGACUCCCCCUGGCUGUGAAGAAUGCAGGCAUCUUGAUGGGCCCACUCAGCUUGCUGGUAAUGGGCCUCAUCGCCUGCCACUGUAUGCACAUCCUAGUCAGAUGUGCCCAGCGCUUCUGUCACAGACUGAACAAGCCUUUCAUGGACUAUGGGGACACAGUGAUGCACGGACUGGCUUCCAGUCCCAAUGCCUGGCUGCAAAACCACGCCCACUGGGGGAGGCGUGUCGUGAGCUUCUUCCUUAUCGUCACCCAGCUGGGUUUCUGCUGUGUGUACAUUGUGUUUCUGGCGGACAAUUUAAAACAGGUAGUAGAAGCUGUUAACAGCACAACCAUCAGCUGCCACAAGAACGAGACGGUAGUUCUGACGCCCACCAUGGACUCUCGGCUCUACAUGCUCUCCUUCCUGCCCAUUCUGGGCCUUCUGGUGUUCAUCAGGAACCUCCGUGUCCUCACCAUCUUCUCCCUGUUGGCCAACAUCAGCAUGCUGGUCAGCCUGGUCAUCAUUGCCCAGUACAUCAUCCAGGAAAUUCCAGAUGCCAGCCAGUUGCCACUGGUAGCAAGCUGGAAGACCUACCCGCUCUUCUUUGGAACAGCCAUUUUUUCAUUUGAAAGCAUCGGUGUGGUCCUGCCUCUGGAAAACAAGAUGAAGGAUGCCCGCGGCUUCCCAACCAUUCUGUCAUUGGGGAUGUCCAUCAUCACCACCCUGUACAUUGCUAUCGGGGCUCUGGGCUACCUGCGGUUUGGAGAUGACAUCAAAGCCAGCAUCACUCUUAACCUGCCCAACUGCUGGCUGUACCAGUCAGUCAAGCUCCUGUAUGUCGUCGGCAUCCUGUGUACCUAUGCCCUGCAGUUCUAUGUCCCUGCGGAAAUCAUCAUCCCCCUUGCUGUCUCCCAGGUGUCAAAACGCUGGGCGCUGCCCGUGGACCUGUCUAUUCGGCUCGCCCUGGUCUGCCUCACAUGCAUGCUGGCCAUCCUCAUCCCACGCCUGGACCUGGUCCUCUCCCUGGUGGGCUCUGUGAGCAGCAGUGCCCUGGCCCUCAUCAUCCCGCCCCUGCUGGAGGUGGUCACCUACUAUGGAGAGGGCAUUAGCCCCCUGACCGUCACCAAGGACGCCCUCAUCAGCAUCCUGGGCUUCAUGGGCUUUGUGGUGGGGACCUACCAGGCCCUGGAUGAGCUGAUCAAGUCCGGGAACUCUCCCGCCCUGUCCAACUCCACCAUGUUUAUUCAGUGACAGAGCCUCUCCUCGCCCACGGUGACUUAUGUUGUCUAUGAAUCUUUUCACUUCGCCUUUUCUCUGGUCCAAGACACGAAACAAAACAAAACAAAACAAAACAAAACAAAACAAGAAACAGGUGUAGCUAUCCCCAGUACCAUAUGUGUGUGUGCAAAGGAGAUGGCGGCCAUCGACACCACAUACAAGGUGUAGAUAGAUGGUCAUUAAAAACAAACAAACAAAAAAAAUGUUGGUCAUUCUCUAGUUUUCCACACUGUGGAGACCUCGCCUGUGGAAACCGCCAUCUUGUUUUUGUCAUUUAUCUGAUAAUUUCCUGCCUUGAGUGGAGCUAUGCAAAAAGCAGCCAUUAGGUGGCAGCAAGAGCCAGCUUUUGGCAGAAGAUAGUACCUGCCCUCUCAAGCUUUGGUCAUUUCCUUUUCCUGACCAUGAUGGGGAACACUGUGCUCACGGCAGCAUCAAGAUGGAGGGGGCCAGGGCCAGUUACAAUGCUUAGGUAAAAUGUCACCAUCUAUGUUACAGAUAAGUGUGUUGAACUUUCUAAACCACUGAGUCUUAGCCCAACUCAGAAAUCCAGCGGUGAACAAAACCAACAUAGGGUCACGCCUAUGGGCCAGGGGCAGCAGACAGGGACAUCAUUGGAGUUGUUUUUUUACUUCUGAAUUCUUGCAAUGAACAUCUUCUGUUACCUGUUGGGCACCAAGCAUAAUACAGGGUUCUUAUAUAAUAGUUUGGGUAAAGGUGUUAUAAAAACAAGAGCUAAUAUAACAUUGUAGCUUUGUGUACCCAACAGUAGAGUCUACGGGUCAUCUCCUGAGUCUUGACCUUGUAACUUGCCAUGGUCAACAGUAAAAGUGUUACAAAUGGAAA